GCAAUAUGUUUUAGAAUGUAAUCGGCCAUUAAGUGGUAAGCGAUAGUGUUGAUCAGAAUGUAGAUUAUCAAUAAAUUAAAGGAGAAAAUCAAUAGAAAUAAGUAAAUUAUCCAGUGUAUCGGAAUGUAAGCUUCGAUUAUAUUACAAUAUGACAUUAAAUAUUUAUACCGAGAGAAGGUAAAUUGCGAUCGAAUGCUACAAACUGGAGAGAUGAAUUCUGUAGUAUUUGUCAUAUUUUUGCUUAUAUCUAAAAGCGUGGAAGGGAAAGCAGCACCUAUGAAGGGAAUUAUGAACUAUGAAGCCUAUCAUCUGCUGAAUCUUUCAGAAAUCUUCAAUAAAAGUUCGUCUGUUUCCGAAGGUGCGUGUCUCGAUCACAGAGGGAAGAUCGUGGAUCGGGGAGAACGUUACUUUCCGCUCGGAAGUGAUCCCUGUACUCAGUGCACCUGCGUAAAUGGAAAACCGGAAAUGUGUAUUUCUGUCUUCUGCUCUCCUCCAGAGAAUUGCCGUCAGUAUCACGCACUCAGUGACAAAUGCUGUGAAUUCGUAUGUUUAGACAGAGAUCAUUCGGAUAAAACGUAUGGUGGUAACGGAAAUAUUACCAGAAAAGAAGACACAGAAACAAUAAAUGCAACAAAUCUUGGAUUGCGUCUCGUAGCGAGCACUGUCACGUCUUUUCUGAUUCUUGCCCUGUUGUUAUUUAUGAUACACAGACUUCAUCAGCGUCGCCUUCUCUUAAUGAUAAGACGUUUUCACGCUCGCCGUGUCGAUAAUGGUCCAAAUGGCUCGCAGAGAUAUCCACUGGACGACGAAGGAAGUGUAGGUUAUUUAGUUGGAGGAGAUCACGUUGAUUUCUCACAGUGUAGCGAACCGCCACCACCUUAUGCCUUUUGGAAACCAUCUGGAACGUACAUUCCUCCGGGAGAAGCCCCACCACCGUACGAAGCAUCCGUUGGCACAGUUCUUCCUAAUUAUAAUGGUGCAGUUAUAAGAAAUUCUAAUGAAAAUGAAAAUGUUGAAAAUGAUCAACAGAGACCCCAGCCACAACAAAUUCCAUCACUUAUUCUUUCUACGACAAUUUUACCCAACACUUAUUUAAAUUCUAACACCUCGGACACUUCAAACUGUCAACAGGCAGAAAGACACGGACGACUAGCAAGCAUUUCUAGCGUUAGUAUGAUAAGUGAUAAUGACAUAAAUACCUUAAGAUCGGACGCACAUUACGAAGAUGCGCCUGUCUAUAUGCCUAAUAAUGUUACAAUUUUGCGAAUCGGUCAAGGAGGUAGCAUCGUUUCUACUGCAUUGUGCGAAGAAGAUUUAGCGAACGGAAAUAUUUUGCCUAACGAGUGCAUCUCACCAAAUGAGUGUGGUAAUUUUUCUACUAAUAAAAAUAACAACUCUUCUAUCAAUAAGAAAGCAAAGCACAAUUGUCGCUACAAGCACCAUUCUUGCAGUGAGAUUUUGGACCAACCUCAAAAUUCUCUGUCAAGAAGAGAAGACAACAAUAAGAGAUGUAGUUUACAAACUUCUAAUACUAAUAAGUCAAUUAAUAAAGCAUAUCCCGAUCCGACGUGGAUGGGAGAAGGUAGUGAAACUUCGAGCAGUUCCAGUCCUACAUACGAACAAUGCACGUUUAGUCCUUCGAGCAGUGAUUCGAGUUCUAUGGAAGUAGAUUUUUGUUUAGAUUCUAAUACUUUACAUAUAAAACAAAUUGAAGAUCAAACUGCAAAACCGUGCGUUACAAAUAAUUCUAGCUUCCAAGAUGGACUUCCAUGUGAUAAUGUUUCUACACCGGUGACUAGUGGAAGAAGAAAAAGUACUUCAUUUGAUAAAACUCUUCAACACCUUCGUAAAUUUUCAUUAGGACACCAGAAAAAGAAAAAGAAAAGUAAAUUUGAAAGAGAUCUUCCAGCAAAUGAAAGUAAUAUCGAGAAUAAUUCAAAGUCAAAAAAUUAUUCUGUAUCAUAUCAGUCAGGUGCCACUAAUAAUCCUGCGUUUCAGGAAUGUGACCGUGUACAUAAAACAGAAGUUAGUAAUCAAAAAGUUUUCGAUUCCUCCGACGGUGUCUUCCAACGUCCCGCUUCUCUAUGCUUGGUCGUUAGAAAUUCCUCAGAACUAACCGACGAACGUCCGCAAUUAAAAUCUGUCUCAUUAGAAUCUCAAGACGGGUGUACUCCAAUUCCUGCAACCGUUGUCGCCGUACACUGUAGCGCCGCUGCCAAAGUCAAUCGUCUCGGCACUGGCUGUCCGCACAGCAUAUCUAUAAGUCCGGAUUCAAAUUCCGACGGAUUACAAGCGUAUAUUUCCGAACAGUAUGCCCUUCACGCAACGUCGCCUUAUCAAGAAUCCAGCCCGUCUAAUUCUAAAAGUGGUAUUUCGAGAUCUGGUUCUAUAUGUUCCGAAACAGGAGAAAGACGUCAUCACAGUAAUAACUCUCCAAAUAAUUUUGAAUGUUUACAUUUCAUAUCAAGACAUGGAAAGAGUCCAAAUUUAAAUAAAAAUGUGAAUUUAUCCGACAGUUCAAAUUUUUCAAAGGGUGCUCUGCAUUGCGAAGAUAACGCCUCCUUACAUUUAUCCGACUGCAGAUUAUAUUCAAGAACUAAUGGUUCUUCUGAAGAUGACCGGAGACACAAAAUGGGGACGGGCACGGAGAGUAGGUCGAGAAAUUCGAAUAAAGAUUCUGAGAAAUCACAACAGUUUUCGACAGACAAUCCAAAUCAAGAAUUAGAAUGUAUAUUUCCCAAAACUUCAAAUGAUAAAUUUAAAUUGUUAACAUCUUUAAGCAAACCCGACGUUGCAGAUGAUUCUUGUAGUAGUCACCUGUGAUAAUUUUUCCCAGGUUUAAAUAGAAUUUCAAAGAAUCGUAAACGAGUUGCUCAAGAAUUAGAGACAUUCGGUCGAUCUUUCGAAGGAUAGUUAAAAGAAAGUAAAGGGUAGGUUUAAAGCUUCGACAUUACAGUUUGAUUUAUAUAUUUGUGGACAAACUUCUUGCCUAAAAUAAUAUCCAAAUAUACUGCCACAUAUAUAAAAACUGCAUGUAUUAUACUGUAUACAAACAUCAUAUUAUAUAUACUUUACACAGGCCGUUUCGAAUAACUCAACUCUGUCUUUUUCAAAUUGAAAUUUUAUACAGUUUUUAAGUAAAACUGUUUUAUUUACGUAACAAUUUAGAAUACAAGAUUAAAUUUUUAAUGGCAAUAGGGCUAUAAUUCACUUUUAAUUUAUAAAUUAUACGAUGAAUUUUUACCAAUUAGAAAAAUGUUUGUUGUUGAAUAGUUUAAUUAGAAAACAAGGAAAAACACAAUUAAUUAUAUUGAUUUUAUUGUCCCUUUAGAAAAAUUCAAUGCGUUUUGAAAACAUCUUUUUAUAAAUGUUCGUCAAUCAGAUGUUUUUAUACAAACCGAUGGCGAGUUCGGAAGCAUCCAUUAAAACAAUUUUUUAGCAUUGCUUUUAAAAAACAGAAUAUUCAUUGGCCGAACAUUUUAUAAUUUGAAAGAAAAGCAUUUCAAUAUUAUAUAAACGUUAAGCAUUUAGUUUUAUAGUUUAAAACUUUAUCUAACAAAGCAUCAACUGUACUUCGACAUACUAUCAAAUACGAAAGGCAGGGUUGAGUUAUUCAAAUUGCCUGUAUAUAAUAUAACAUUACUUAAUAUGCCCAAUAUAAAUACAUAUAUAAAUAAAUAUAUUAUAUCGGAUUUUCUUAUAGGAAUUUAUUUGAUAUACAGUUUAUUCUGUGAUGUAAAAAGUGAUAUAAUUAUAUAACCUUAAAUUCAUAGAUUACUUUGAAAACUUAUAGUUUGAUUAGUAACUAAUCAGACUUUAAAUCCUCUCCAAUGGAGAGAGUGAAAAAAUAUAUAUAUAUAUCAAUUAUUAUAUUAUCUCUUUCUUGAUCUGAGUGUUGUUCCAUAAUAUUUUAGCCAUUUUUGUCUUGAAAAUAAUUUUAUACUUUUUAUUCGGGAAUUAAAAUCGAGGCGGAUUCAGAAGGUUUUCAAAAUGUCCUCUUGUCUUUAUUUUCAAAAUUCUAUUUACCCGACUCAUUUUUAUGAUGAGUCGAGUAAAUAAUCUCAAAGUUAUUGGCAUUAUAGUUUCACGAACGUAAUAUUUUGUAAUAAUUUUGCUUGUAAACAGAAUGUAGUAUUUAUUAAACAACAGUACAUUGGCUCUACAAACGCUACUUAGAUCUAACAAGUUAAAUCUUUCUUCGCAAUUACACUUUAUACGUAGUAAUUUUAUUUAAAAAUUAAGCCAAUUUCUCAUUACUCUAAAAUUAAGAGCAAUGUAACAUUAACUUUAGAGAGAAGAUAACGUUAUAUUGCUAUUAAUUAAUCUAGAAUAGUAUAUAUAAACAAACGGCGAAUCACCGAAAACUUUCUGAAUCUCUCCCGCGCAAGCGUUCGUCAUAGGAAUAUGGGAAUAAUACGACAUUAAGCAUAUUAGCAAUAACAGAAAAUUUGAAAUCCAAAUGAGUAUGUCAGUCUGUCUUGAUGGAGAGUUAAAUCAGUUUCGUCUCUGCACUUUGUAACCUUCUUAAAUGUUUAAUUUUGCACAAUAACAAUUUCGUACGCAGAAAUCGGAGAAAUGUCGAAAAUCAAACAUUGUUUCUUUGUGAGUUUUAUCGGGCCAAAGCGCUUCAAAUUUUACAAAUAGCAAUUAUUUUUCAAUUAAAAGUGGGCUAUGAAUGGGUCUCGUUUAUGGAAUAAGUGGAAUAUUGAAUUUUUCGUAAAUAUUUUUAAAUCGGCGGCGAGUCAUUUAUUUAUUAGGAACUAGUAUAAAUUCUCCAAUUUUAAUGGUUUACUGACUGUAAAUAUUUUAAGAAAGGAAAUUUUCGAGCCUAAAAAGUGAAGAUUUCCGAAGUUGCAAAACCGGUCGAUAAGAUUGAAUUGCACGAAUAUAAGCUUUAUUUUCAAAAUUAACGUCUGGAUUUUGUAGGAGGAUGUAAAUUAUAAAUUGUUUUACGUUUGUGGAUUAUUACACGUGUCGGUGACACCAUUAAUCUUUCCGAACUUACAAAAUUUGAUCUAUAUAAUCCUUUUAAAGUGUAUAAUAUAAAUUAAUGUUUUGAUUUUGUAAUGUCUUACUUUAUGAAAUAUUUUUGUAAAAAGUAAAAUAUUACUUUGUUAAUUUUAUUAGAUUUUAUUCACCGAGCGAGUGACGACAGAUGAUCGCUAAAAUAAGUGUGAGAAAGUAUUGAUUAACCGAGUUUCUUUGAUGCUAAUUAAUCUUAUAAUUUCAUUUUUGGAAACUGUUCCCUGCCAUUAACUAAUUUAGAAAUAAUUAUAAAAUGCAAAACCACAAAUUUUAUUUUGUGUUAAAGAAUUAUAUUGUUAAUGAAAGAAUUGUAUUGGAAAAUUGUAAUUUGAGGUGUAAAUUAAUGAUUACAAAUCAAAUGAUGAUAAUUAGAGACUGUAAAGAGUUCUAUUAAGUAGAGUCGGCAUAAAAGAAGUAUACGGAUAGUCUUUGGUUAAUGCGUUAGACAUUCCUCAAAUGUGGCAUGUUCUCCGCACGGCACCCGUAACGACCCCUGAACCGCAUUAUACCAAAAUGAGGUUUACAGUACAAAACUUGUCCAUAAUUAAAGCGCAUCCUUACAUUUAAGUGCAUUAACAAAGGAUUACCCGUAUGUUGAACGUCCACGACUCGUUACGGGGUGUCUGAAAAGUUACCAUGCAGCGAGAAAG